AUACGGUAGAGUAGCCAUACUAAAAAUGUGUAAAUGAUAUUAUAAACUUUUUUGAAAAAGUAAAAGGACCAAGAGAACUACUAGAAAGUUAGAAAAUUAUUCAAAAAGCAACUGGUUACGUUCUUGAAUAUUACCUUAGUAUGUGUCCUUUCCCACUCACCGCAUGUCUGUCCAGUAUCCACCACAGCAUUCUGUACUACUAGUAAGUAGUGGAUAUGAUCAUACAAUUCGAUUCUGGGAAGCAUUAAGUGGCAUUUGUUCAAGAACUAUUCAGCAUGCCGACACGCAAGUGAAUCGACUUUGCAUUUCACCAAACAAGCGUUUUCUAGCAGCCGCUGAAAAUCCGCAUGUACGCCUUUACGAUAUUAAUUCUAAUAGCCAAUUACCUUUGAUGACUUUUGAAGGCCAUACGAAUAAUGUUACUGGGGUAGCUUUUCAUUGUGAUGGUAAAUGGCUAGCAACGUCUAGCGAAGAUGGUACCGUAAAGGUGUGGGACAUGCGUGCGCCGUCUGUUCAAAGGAACUAUGAUCAUAAAUCGCCUGUCAAUGAUCUGUUUAUUCACCCUAACCAAGGAGAAUUGAUCUCUUGUGAUCAAAGCGGAAGAGUAAGUGCGUGGGAUCUAGGUGAAGACUCAUGUACGCACGAACUAAUUCCCGAGGAAGAUGUGCCGAUGAGCAGUGUUACAGUUGCAUCUGAUGGAAGUAUGCUUAUUGCAGGAAAUAAUAAAGGUAAUUGCUACGUUUGGAGGAUGCUUAAUCACCAAGGAGCUUCUUUAUUACAACCGGUAGUAAAGUUCCAAGCACAUCCGCGAUAUAUAACAAGAUGUGUGCUUUCUCCAGACGUAAAGCAUUUGGCAACAUGCUCAGCCGACUCCACCGUUAAUAUUUGGAGUACUGACGAUAUGUCAUUCAUGUUGGAAAGACGUCUGCAAGGACACCAAAGAUGGGUAUGGGACUGUGCAUUCUCUGCAGAUUCAACCUACCUUGUUACAGCUUCAUCGGAUCACGUAGCUCGUCUGUGGGAACUUUCCAGUGGAGAAACCAUUCGCCAAUACUCGGGCCAUCACAAAGCAGCAGUAUGUGUUGCCUUAAAUGAUUAUCAAAUAUAAUUUGUAAACAUGUAUAUUUAAUUGAAGUCUAGAAUUCACUGCCCUCGCUUUCUUAAUGCAUUCUAUGAAACGGUUUUAUUUUAUCAAGAUAAUGGGAGGGUCCUUUUUUUUCUUUUUUGAUGGAACGAGGAUUUCAACCUAUGAAGAAUUUUUGUCAGUAUUUAAUUUUAGGAGUUUGACUUUAAUGAAGAAGGAAUUCGUAUGUAAAACUUGAGAAUGUACGUGAGGCAUAGAAAGAAGAUUUACGAAAUAAAAAAUAUUGAUUUGUAAAACUACCCAAA